AUGGGGGCCGUUGUGUUCGAAGCAUACAAUAAGGUUGGCGACAAUAGCGCUGUCAACAUGCUACCGGUUCUCGCGAGCGAGCUCAAAGAAUCAAAAGAUAUGACGAUGUUUGAUUCGAGCGGAGACGUCAAUAUUCAAAAGAUUCUGCCGUCGACGCGACAAAUCGAUCCCGAUGACAUUGAUUUUAUCUGGAAGUCACUUCCUGACAAUUAUGUAACAUCCUUCAAUGAUGACAUAAUGCACACUCAUCGUGGUCUUUUUCACUAUCCUCCAAAUGCAUUCGAAAUGGGCUUCAAAGAAAAACCGACUCGUCAUUAUUUCCGGCCGUUUUAUGUAUAUAUCUACAAAAAACUCAAAGACGUGGCGAGAAAAUGCGCAUAUGGUCGUUUAUUAGCUGAUAUGUUCAUCGAGCCUUGGGUUCGUUUCGAGAACAUUUUCGCCGAAAUCCCACAUUUCAGCUUAAACUUUAUUUCGAGUUUAACACAUGAUGAUCCGAAUAGCUUGAAUUUGCUCGAUAACGAUCUCCACAGGAAAUUGUCAAUUUUAAACGAUAAUCAACGCCUAAAUUCGACAUUUUUAGUCAUAAUGGGCGAUCAUGGCAAUCGGAUUCAUGCAAUGAGUCGAUAUUCGUUUGCGGGAAGAGCUGAAGAACGCUCUCCGAUGCUUGCGAUUAUUCCACCAUCCAGUUUUAUAGAAAAAUUCCCAAAUAAAAUGCUCAAUUUAUAUUCGAAUGCACAAAGAUUUGUCAGCAAUUAUGAUCUUCAUGAGACCCUUCUCGAAAUUCUCAAUCUUCCAAGCAACCCGAGCACUGCAAGAGAACCAAUUCAUCAAGAAAAUUUGACAUCGACAUUCAAUUCUUAUAUUCUCUCGCAGUAUUUAACGUGUUUCGAUCAAAACUCGGCAAAAUGUGAUGCCUAUGACGAUCUCGUAAUGCCGAAUAAUUACGUUCAAAUUGGGACUCGUGUGAAAGUCAGCGACAAUGAAGUCAAACGGAGAAAGAAAAAAGCUUCAGAGGUUUCAAAUAAUUGA